AUGUUUACAGCUGAUAUUUCUUCUAUCUCACCCGAGUUCAGUUCCGAUCGCUCCCUUGCCGAAAAUUCCAAAGUAGAAGUUGACACUGAUGUCUUCUAUGAUGCUUUGGAAUCUCUCUCGCCUAUAACUACACCUGGGACUCUGAGUGUUAAGAGAGGAAGAAGAACUGGCAUCCCUAUAGCAACAAAGCGAAGUGACAAAUCUCCCAAAGCAUUACUAAACUGA